AUGUCGUGGACCUCGACCCCCUUUCAACUUGACAAUUAUCACUCCCAUCACCACGAACACACUGCGGUCGAGCCGCCCCAACUUCAACAAUAUCCAAUUGUCCAUAUGCCCUCGAACCUUCAUACGGGUCGGAGUAGAGGUGCAAUCUCAGCAUCAGCAUCAGUGCAGCUGAUACCGAGCGUUGUUGCAUCUCCCUGGCCCAUUUCAAAUGUUAGGGAAACCACGGACCCGGAUGUUCCUUUUUCGACAACAAGUGCGCAUAACACACCGGCUGGCAUCCGGCACACUUGCCGAUUCUCUCCGCAGUAUCCGUCCAUUCAACUACCAAGACAGGCAAACCAUGAGCAGAAUAUCGACAAUCACGUUGGUUAUCACCCGGUUAUGAGGGCUCGGAUUCACGCGCUUUCUCAGAUCACCAAUGAAAAUACCGGAUGGCCCCAACAAUGGCGGGAGAAUCUCACAGUCGAUCCCAUACGAUAUCAAUGGGGUGCGUGUCAUUAUACCGGGUUGUUCCAAGCGGAGCCUUCGCUGAUUCGUGAGCUCGAAAAUUUUCACUUCACCCCUGGUCUUCGUCCCUACUCCAUUCAAGACCCCGGCAUGGUGUCAAUGCCGAGAAAUCAGUUAGGGGUACUCGUUAGAGAAGCCCAUGGACGUCCAAUUGACCAAAUCUCAAGCCAUUAUGAGCAAAACCCCGAAGCUGUUGGGUUACGGAAUGUGGAGCAACUCCCUGGAACGAGGGCCUCACGUCCUGCCUCACGAGGUGACUUCGAAAUUGCUGUCAUCUGUGCCCUCACUGUUGAGCAAGACGCAGUCCUCGCACUGUUUGACCAUCACUGGGACGACAACGGCUUGCCCUAUGACAAACGCCCUUGUGAUCCCAAUGCAUAUUCAUAUGGCGCAAUUGGUCGACAUAAUAUUGUACUCGCGCACAUGCCAGGUAUUGGGAAAGCAAGUGCUACAGCGGUUGCUGUUCACUGCCAAGUCAGCUUUCCAAAUCUGAAACUUGCCCUUAUCGUGGGUGUCUGUGGGGCUCUUCCAUUUAUGAAUAAUGGGCAGGAGAUCAUACUUGGUGAUAUCAUUAUUAGUGAUGGCAUUAUCCAGUACGACUUUGGGCGACAGUAUCCUGGCCAGUUUGUCCGUAAGAACGCGCUUCUAGACUCGCCUGGCAGGCCCAAUCCUGAGAUACGUGCACACCUGGCUAAAUUGAAAAGCCGUCGCGGCCGCACGGUACUUCGGGAUAUGAUAGGCACCCAUCUUCACGUUCUCCAAAGUGACCCUCAGCUGAAAACAGACUAUCAGUAUCCAGGCACCGAACAGGACGUGUUAUACCAACCAGGGUCUAAUAUAAUUAUCCCACGGCAGCGACUGGAGAAAGCUAACCCCAUGCCUGAUGUCCACUUUGGCCUCGUUGCAUCUGGCGAUACGAUAAUGAAAUUUGGCCAGCUUCGCGAUUGCAUCGCGAUGGCCGAGGGAGUCAUCGCCUUUGAGAUGGAGGGUGCAGGUGUGUCUGAUAAUAUACCCCAUGUGAUUAUCAAGGGCGUGAGUGACUAUGCAGACUCACACAAGACCAAGGUCUGGCAGCACUAUGCUGCCGCCACCGCAGCCGCUUGUAUGAAGGCCUUUUUAGAAACUUGGGUUCCGGCGGCGAGGUCGUGUUAACCACUUAAAUGUUAUUAUCUAUGCCCGUCAGCAUUGGCUGGUUCCUGGUCGAAGACCACCCACAGCAGCCUGGCCGUGGGAGACCGCGAGGCCACUAUUUGUUCACAAUUACUUGGUCCUGUGUGGGUUGGCGUUUUUCUUGGUAUGGUCGAUGAGCCCAGGUGUUUUCGAAGGCUACGCUUGGCCUAGAUUCGUUGUUGCCCAUGUUUCAACACGGGGGAUGUCGGAG